AUGAAGAAGGGCAGGAAGUGUUAUGGCAGUGCCAUGGGUCAGCAUAUGGAGGUCACUUCAGUGGAGAAAAGACAGCAGCAAAAUUGCUUCACUCCAGAUUUUACUAGCCAACAAUGUUUAAGGAUGCCAAGGAAAUGGUGUCAAGUAAAGGACUGGUCUAAGAAGCUGGAUGAUGCACUGUGGGCCUACAGAACAGCCUAUAAGACUCCCAUUGGGAUGUCUCCAUACCAAUUGGUAUAUGGAAAGGCUUGUCACUUACCAGUUGAACUUGAGCAUAGAGCAUUUUGGGCUCUAAAAAUGUUAAACUAUGAUGAGCAAGCUGCUAGAGAAAAGAGAUUAAUGCAACUCAAUGAGCUGGAAGAGUUUAGAAAUCAAUCAUAUGAGAAUGCAAAAAUUUACAAAGAGAACACAAAAAGGUGGCAUGACCAAAAGAUAGCAAGACGGGAGUUCACUGAAGCACAGAAGGUGUUACUCUACAACUCAAGACUCAAGUUCUUCCCUGGAAAACUUAAGUCUCGAUGGUCAGGACCUUUCACCAUACUCAAAGUGUUUUCCUAUGGUCAUGUGGAGCUCAUGGAGGACAAGACUCAAAUAAUCUUUUCUGUCAAUGGCCAUAGACUCAAACACUACUUAGGAGGCUCCUUGGAAGAGCAGAGAGUGAGCUACAAGCUCAGCUAA